AAAGGAAUUCCUAUUUGAAUUACUCUGCUUUAUGCGAGCCCCCUCCUAGGCUUUGGUUAACAGCAGUCGGUCAUUGCAGUGUCCUGACGUCAUUCAGUGUGUGCAUAAGCUGUGCUAUUGUCUUAGGGCUGUGGACUGCAGUAUCUGGUUUCUGCUACCUAUUUCUGCCUCGCUGCAUCAUAUGAGACACACAUUGGCCUUCGCUUGCCCAUUGGACUGAAAAUAGAAGCUCAUGAUUUUUUUUCCCUCUCCAUCAAGAGGGCUCUUUCUGUCUGGGUCCGAGUGCUCUGCAGCCUCCAGCUUUAGAGGAAGGUAUCUGGCAGCUGGAUAGCUGGAGCUGCAUUGUCUGGCUCCAUGAACCCUGCAGUGUAAAAGCUUCCUAUAUUAACUCCAUCAUUUCAUCCUAAUUUAUUAAAUCCGGAGCUAAGGCCAGCCAUGUUUGGUACAGAAUCCUCAUUGAGUAUGUUUUUGAACACGCUAACACCUAAAUUUUACGUUGCUCUGACUGGCACAUCCUCGCUCAUCUCGGGACUUAUUUUGAUAUUUGAAUGGUGGUAUUUUCGGAAGUAUGGAACGUCAUUUAUUGAACAAGUCUCUGUAAGUCACUUGCGCCCUCUGUUGGGAGGAGUUGACAACAGCACACCAAGCAACUCAAACACCAGUAAUGGGGAUGCUGAUUCGAGUCGACAGAGUGUUUCAGAAUGUAAAGUCUGGCGAAAUCCAUUAAACUUGUUUCGAGGAGCAGAGUAUAACAGGUACACAUGGGUGACAGGACGGGAACCGUUAACAUAUUAUGAUAUGAAUCUUUCGGCCCAGGAUCAUCAGACCUUCUUCACAUGUGACACAGAUCACAUGCGACCAGCAGAUGCAAUAAUGCAAAAAGCAUGGCGGGAAAGAAACCCACAAGCCAGAAUUUCUGCAGCACAUGAAGCGCUAGAAUUAAAUGAAUGUGCCACUGCAUUUAUUCUGCUGGCUGAGGAGGAGGCAACAACAAUUGUGGAGGCAGAGAAGUUAUUUAAGCAAGCUCUAAAGGCUGGGGAAGGCUGCUACAGAAGAAGCCAACAAUUGCAGCACCAUGGUGCUCAGUACGAAGCUCAGCACCGACGAGACACCAAUGUAUUGGUGUACGUUAAAAGAAGAUUAGCCAUGUGUGCACGGAAACUAGGAAGAACAAGGGAAGCUGUAAAAAUGAUGAGAGAUUUAAUGAAGGAGUUCCCUCUGCUGAGUAUGUUCAAUAUUCAUGAGAACUUGUUGGAAGCUUUGCUGGAGCUCCAGGCAUAUGCAGAUGUACAGGCAGUAUUAGCAAAGUAUGAUGAUAUAAGUUUACCAAAGUCUGCCACAAUAUGUUACACAGCCGCGCUGCUAAAAGCACGAGCGGUAUCAGACAAAUUUUCCCCAGAAGCCGCGUCACGGCGAGGGCUCAGCACAGCAGAAAUGAAUGCCGUGGAGGCAAUUCACAGAGCAGUGGAGUUCAAUCCACAUGUGCCAAAAUACCUUCUUGAAAUGAAAAGUUUAAUACUACCCCCUGAGCACAUCCUGAAGAGAGGGGACAGUGAAGCAAUAGCAUAUGCUUUCUUUCACCUUCAGCACUGGAAAAGGGUAGAGGGAGCUUUAAAUCUCUUACAUUGUACGUGGGAAGGGACAUUCAGAAUGAUUCCAUACCCCCUGGAAAAGGGUCACCUUUUUUACCCAUACCCCAUUUGCACAGAAACUGCAGACAGAGAAUUGCUUCCAUCAUUUCACGAAGUCUCAGUAUAUCCAAAGAAAGAACUUCCUUUCUUCAUACUCUUCACAGCCGGGUUGUGCUCUUUCACAGCCAUGUUGGCUCUUCUCACACAUCAAUUCCCAGAGCUUAUGGGAGUAUUUGCAAAAGCUUUCCUGAGCACUUUGUUUGCACCUUUAAACUUUGUUAUGGAGAAAGUGGAAAGCAUCCUCCCUUCCAGCUUGUGGCACCAACUGACACGAAUCUAAGACUCCUGCGGCGUUGAAGAUUAACCCAACAUCAUGGCUGCCAGUGACAAAGCAUGACAUGAAAAAGAACUAUUCAUGAAUAGACUGUCUGUUCUCAUAUACAAACUGUUUCUGUUGUAAAUGGGGAAAAAAAAACAUUAUGUUCAAUUAUACUUUGCCUUCAGUAAAAAAAAAAAAAAAAAGAAAA